AUGGAAUCGGCCGUUGGAAACUGUGAAGGUUUCCUGUCCAAGAACCCAACAUGGGCACUAGACUAUGUUCCUAAUGGAACCCAGCUCGAUCUUGGGGAUACUAUGUCCAUAAAGCGUUACCUAGACAUGCUUGACGCUAUUGCUGACCAAAAGCCAGAUGCUUUCUACACCAAACCCGUUGCAGAGACUGCAGCUGCUCAUCGAAGAUUGGCUAUCUCCAUCACUAUUAUGAUCAAUUUGCUCUUUGGAAGCCAGUUGACGAUUCCAGUAUCAAAGACUUCUCCAUCCCUGGAUCUUCCAACGCCUUGGAGAUAUUCCCUCGCCAUCCAAUUACAUCUGACCUGGGAAGCGGCCACUGUCAUGACCCACCCGGAUGGGAGGCUAUUCUUUAUCAUGGGAGCAGCAGGAGGAAGCCGGAUCGUGACGGCCGCUAUCCAGAACAUCAUCCAUGCGGUCGAUGAAGGAAUUUCUGCGGCGAAGGCCCAUGCUUCGGGAAAAUCGUGA